CUGUCCUUCCGCGGCCGCAGCCACAGCCUGGUCCCCGAGAUGCGAGCGCCAGCGGCCGCGCCGCCACAGCUCCGGGUCCCUGCGGACGCCUCCCUCCGGCGCGUUUGAGCCUCCGCGUCCUGCCGGCCGGGGCCCAGGACGAUGAUCCCACCGGGGGAGUGCCUGUAUGCCGGGAGGAAAAGAAGGAAGCCCAUUCAGAAACAGAGGCCCGCCGUGGGCGCCGAGAAGUCAAACCCUUCCAAGCGGCACCGGGACCGCCUCAACGCCGAGCUGGACCACCUGGCCAGCCUGCUGCCGCUGCCCCCCGACAUCAUCGCCAAGCUGGACAAGCUUUCGGUCCUGCGUCUCAGCGUCAGUUACCUCAGGGUGAAGAGCUUUUUCCAAGCCCUGCAGGAGAGACGCGCGCGGCAGCCGGCGGCCGGUGCCCCCUCGCCGGGAGACAGGGGUCCGCACGGAGGGUCCGGAGGCUCUGCUGUGCUGGAGGGAAGGCUGCUGCUGGAGUCCCUCCAUGGCUUUGCUCUAGUCGUGAGUGCAGAAGGAAUGAUAUUCUACGCCUCAGCCACGAUCGUGGACUAUCUGGGCUUCCACCAGACGGACGUGAUGCACCAAAAUAUUUACGACUACAUCCACGUGGACGACCGCCAGGACUUCUGCCGGCAGCUGCACUGGGCCAUGGACCCUCCCCAGGUGGGCUGUGGGCAGCCCCUGCUCUCAGAGACAGGAGAGGACGCGGUCCUAGGGAGGCUGCUUCGGGCCCAGGAGGGGGGCUCGGGCUCCCCCACCGAGUACUCUGCCUUCCUGACGCGCUGCUUCGUCUGCCGCGUGCGCUGCCUGCUGGACAGCACCUCGGGCUUCCUGACGAUGCAGUUUCAAGGAAAACUAAAAUUCCUGUUUGGACAGAAGAGGAGGGCGCCGUCGGGAGCCGCCCUGCCCCCUCGGCUCUCCCUGUUCUGCGUCGCGGUGCCCGUUUUCCUGCCUCCCGCGGCGGAGAUGCAGAUGAAGAGCAUGUUUCUGCGGGCGAAGCACAGGGUGGACGUCUUGGCCACGCCCGACACAAAAGCAAAAACUGCCGCAGGUCUCUGUGAAUCAGAAUUGCACGGAAAAUCCAGUUACUUAGCAGGGAGGAGCAGCGGAGAAAACGGCCUUUCUAUGUUCAGGGCGCCAGCAGACGCCUGCCGCUGGGGCCGGGUUGCGGCCCGGGCCCCGUGCCUGUGCCUCCGGGGUGGCCCUGACCUCCUCCUCGACCCCGAGUGGGCUGCAGAGGACGGGGGAGCAGAGGAGCUUGGGGGGGUGUCAAGGAGCCCCACCUGCCUGAGGGAGCUGAGGGACCUGCCCCCCUAUGGCUGCCGCCUCGAGACACCGGGACCCACGAAGCACCUGAACUGGACGACAGGGAGGCACGGUCAGGAUGACAGCGCCAAACCGAAGCCGGAGCCCGGCAAGGGUGACCCGUUCCCGACCGGCCCAGCCCGUGGCACCUACCUGCCCUACCCGGGCGCGCAGGGCACCGUCCAUGCUGUCAGGAGUUCACCAGGCUCUCACCCGCCAAAGCCUCCCCCCGGGGCCUGCGUUGGCCGGAGCAGCAGAGCCUGGCGGGAUGGCCACCAGGGCCAGGCGCCCCCUCCCACCAGCUGCCCCUUCCCCCAGGGGAGCCUGGAGGACGGGGUCCCUCGGCCAGGAGGGCAGCGUCUCCCAGCGGGGCGCUAUCCCACGGAGGACAAGCUGCGAGGCGUCCCGAUGCCCCCGGGAGCCCCGUGUAACCCCGUGGCGUCCCUCGAUGUGCCCGUCAAGAUGGAGAGUGACUCUGGGUCCGAGGACGCGGCGGAUGGCUACUCCGUGUCCCCGAGCCAGCUGUGGCUGGGGGCCAGCGACAUGGCCAAGAGACAGCUGGUCACUUUCCCGACCAGGAUGCACCUGAAGACGGAGCCAGGCUCCAGGCACCCCCUCUACAGCCCAGCCCUGGGGCCCGGCCUGCUGGGGGCCCACCCCAGGCCGGGCAGGGAGCUGGCCCCGGGGCCCCCCGCACACUGCGCCUGCCUGGAGCCUCCGCCCCGCCUCUGCGCGCGUGGCCACCAGCCCCCCAGCCUGGGCUGCGACUGCCGGGCCCCCGGGCCCACGCCCGUGGUCAAGCUCGAGCCCCUGGACUCGCCCCCGUGGGCGGCUCACAGCCAGGGUGGGGCGCCUGGGAUGAUCCCCAGGAGCGCCUUGGCGACACGGAUGCCGCCCAGAGACCCCGAGGGCACCUUCCUGCUGUAGCGCGGGCGCCGCUCAAGGCUGACGUCUGUCCUGGGCGGGGCGUGCGGGAGCGGAUCCUGUGUCUCCUCAGACGUCACUGCGGCUCUUCAGUGCAGAGUGGCCUUCUGCUCAGGUGUGACUGCAUUUCCCUCCUAGGGAGCAGAGUUUCUCAGAAAGAGGCCAGAGGGAGCCGGGCUGCCUGGCGGGGCCUCGUGGGGUGCUCUGAGUGGCGACCGGUGACCCGGCCCGAGUGCAGGUCCAGCCCCAUCCCCUUCCCGGCCUCCCUGACGCCUCCAGGGAGCGGACCCCGGGGAGCCGCACCCUGGGGGCCCCCCUGCAAAGACAGCAAAUUGGGAAUAAAGCUCCCGGAGCGGCAGGUGACCACGUGCCGUUCCCGGCAGGAGUCUAGAAGUUCCCGGCGGAAGAGGCUGUCAGUGCCGGGCCUGCGCUUCACUACAACGUCCAGCGUGUGUCCGAGACACUGGCCGCUGAGGCCGGAUCCCGUCCAGUUCUUCCGGGAGCCUCUCGGGUGUUGUCACUGGGCCACUAAAGGUGGUUCACGCUCAUCUGCCUCGCAGUACAUCACGUAGCCUAGUCUGCAGGGUCUGGAUUUGGAAGUCUAGAGAAGUACGAAGUGUAGGGAAAGGCACGCGUUCGUCCAGUUGUCUGGCUGUCCUGCUGACUCUCUGCAGGUCUUCAGGUGAGAUGCCAGUCAUCAUCCCAGGAGGAGUUAUUAGAGACAACAGGUAAUGUUCUAUAAAAAAGGAAAAAUUGGGGGACUUCCCUGGUGGUCCAGUGGUUAAGACCCCGCACUUCAAAUGCAGGGGGCACGGGUUCGAUCCCUGGUUGGGGAACUAAGAUCCCACAUGCCGCGCAGCAGGGCCAAAAAAGAGAAGAAAGGAUUGUGAAGGUAACACAUUCUGAAUGUAGGAGAUCUGGAUGCAAAAGAAUAAAUUAGAAAGUGCAGGUCACCCACAGUCACGAGGGAUGGCUUGUCGCUGAGGGUGAAGUUCACCGCCCCUUCCGGGGUGACCCCACCCCACGGGUGCAGUUAGUUCAGGACACGACACCAGGGGACAAAAUCACCACCGAGCAGGAGGAAGCUGGCCGGAGAUGCCCUCGUGCUGGGGCUGAGACCUCUCCUCCUUACGGACGUGAGCAUCUGUCCUCAGUCACCUCCCCCAGGAGUCUCGGGACGAGCGGGAGCCCUGGAGUGGACUUGCAGCCCCAGCACGUUCAGUGAGGGGUCUUUGCCUCUGUCAUCUGUGGCUCUGGGGUGUCAGUGUUCAGCUCCUGAGUUAAUGCUGAAGGUGUCUGCUAAAUGCAUGGUCACCUUGUCAGACUCCGGACUGGGGCGGCGGGCCUGGGUCUUCUGGACACUUAGGCACACGCUGCGUGCCCAUGCCCCUCAGCUGCCUGCUUCGUGGAAGGGCUUCCCCUGGGGGGCGUGGUGGGGCUGAAGGUCUCUCCCCAGACUGACAGAGGUUCCCCAGGGUUGGGAGUCAUCAGUUUGUGGCCUGGGAUCCCCACGGUCUGCUCCGCGGCCCGCUCAUCUCUGCCCAGCCCCCGGGGGGCCUGGCACAAGCGACACUGGUGCUGCGCUGUUCCACCUCCCUCGGCAGUCUCCCCCUCCCCUGCUGUGAAGGCAGCACAGCCACCCGUCAGGACCGCCCGCUUCCCACACUCAUGCCCGCCGGCUCAGCGCCCCUCUCCUGGAUCUCACACUGAGCCCAGCACACCUGAUAGGUUUCAUCCCUAAGACAAGGGGUGGAACUUUGGAAACUUCCUCCUUCCCUUCUGUUCAAGCCAAGUGUCCAGCUCCUCGUGUGGGCAGCCCUGUACCAUCUCUCAGAAGUAACUGUCAGCCUCUCCAGAGCUCCCUCUGCAGAGGAAGGGUCCGCGACGUCACCCCCAGCACGGGGGUGGGUCCUGGAGUGCACCGGGGCACCCUCGAGCGUGACGCCUUCCCUUUCCAUCUCAGGGUACAGUAGACAGGUGUACCGCAUGCGUGUAACACGUAACUGGGAAAACCCUCGACAGAAAAGAUGGAAUUGAGAGACACUGUUGCAUUUUGCACACUGUAGCCAGCUCCCAGCAUAACCAAAGAAAGCUGCUGGCUGACGGACACGCAGCUGUCCCCGCCCACGAGGGCCACGGCGCCUGAACGGGCAGGUGCACCACUCUCCUGGGACCACAUGCCCCGGUUGGUCACGGCAGAUGGGCAGACGAGUCACGCUUUGCUGAUGUAGAAUUCAGCAUCUGGACGUCAGCGCUGCACAUCUGGUGUUCCAGAGGUGCCGUCAUGCUUGGGGCCCAGGUCCCGACCUGCUGGGUCGGUGGCAACAAGACGUCCCUCGGUCAGCACUUUUGUUAUUUUACAGCCAUGCCCCUCCUGAAAAAUUGUGUGGGGAAGGUGAUGAUGGAAUGUAGAAGGUCAGAUGUGGUCAUUUCUGUAGACGUGGCCAUUCCUGCUUUAAAACGUCAUUACCAGUACUAAUUACGGGCUUAUAUUUUCUGUUGUCUGUAGCUUUUGCUUAUAUAGCUGAAAAAAUAUUAAAGUCAAAUAUGAUGUAGGAAUGGGAUGAAAGGGAGGAGAUAAGCACAAAUUAUAUUUUAUAUUUUUGUAAUUUCUACUGGAUGAAAAAGUUUUCAAUAUCUAGACUGACGCUGAAUUUUUAAAAAUGGGUACACUAUAAUGUAACUUUUUGUACUGUUUUCUCAGUGCCUUUAGAAAGAGCUUUCAAAUACAUUUCUGAUACUGGGGUUUGUAUUAAAUUUGCAAUAUUGAUGUAAAAUAAAUCGUAUGUUAGUACACCUUUAC